GACCGACGCCAAAACAGCUACAGGAGUAUCCAGACUGGGCUGGAGCAAGACAUCGCCCUCCAUUUCUACUUGUAAAAGCUACAAAGUCGACCAAUUAGGGUAUUUGACCGGCACAAUCUGAAGAAAUGGUCGAUAGCGUCUAUGUGGAUCUGCUGGAGUUGCAAUGGGGGGGAGUUGCAGUGAGGGGCACCGUUCUAGGGCUGGCGGCCACACGGGCAUUCACCUGUAUGUAAGCACUAAGUAGCUGUCACACUCUAAGCUAAUUCACCUUUGUUCAAUCUUAAGAUGCAUACAGUACAUUAACAUGAUUUUUUACGGCAACCUGCUGGGAUCAAUCAGCUUUUGCUUGCUGUCGCGAUGUUCAAUUCAUUUCGCGCAGAUUAUCAUGGCUGGCUAGAGUUUAAAGAAAAUGCCCUUCCUAGCAAUAUAUUCGGCUACCUACUCGUCCAAUACUUUCUCCGAUAUUUCAAAUGUGAACCCUUCGAUACUGUUUGCUACGAUGAUCCUAAAGAGAUCGCGAAAUGCGGAACGCUUGGUCAACGAAGCUUUUUGAAAGAACCAUUGCAAAUGAGAGAUGGACCCAGGCCUGAAAUGGCGAAAUGGGUACGGCAACCCUCCAAAAUAUAAGACUAGACACUAAUAUACCAACAGGUAGUUCCGCAUAGACAAGUUGACAAAUUCGGAGGAAGGGAUAUGCAUAAGCUCAUCGAUCAAACCGUUAUCGAACUAGCUAGAAGAUAUCCCAACCACAUAACCCUCACUACAUCUGCCCUCGAAAAACAUGGGGACGCUAUCUUAAUAGCGGACAGAGUUCCAACGCCUCAUCUUCCAGCAAAGAAAACAAAACGCGAAAUCGCACAUGUUCAUACAGAAGGAAAGAAUGUAGAUUAUUCAAUGCAUGCAGUACUCUCGCCCAGGGACUGCAAGGAAGUAAUUGAGAAGGGAUGGGGUGAAAAAAUGACCUUGGCCGGCACAUUAAAAAUGCCUGCAGAGUAUCUGAUGAUAUAUACUCCGAGAUCAGAAUCAGAAUUAAGGGCCGUGAGAGAUAUCUUGGAAGCUGCGAUUGGGUUUAUGACGGGUGCGACGAGACCUGUGGAAGAAUAAUGGCAUAAAAUUCCUAGUGGAUAGGCUAUUGACACAAGAAAGCCAUAUGCUCAAUUGCAAUACAGCCUAAUCCCAUAAACCUGGUUUAUGUCUCUAUAUUGGUGAUGGUAAGCUGAAAUCAAUUCAAUCUGAACCAUUCUUUACGAUUUUGACUCUCACCACGUCCAGCAAGGGCAGCCCGAGUGGGUAAUUCAAUCUUCACCCAGUCAACUCACAAAUCCCAGAGAUAGGCAAAGA